AGGCUGCCCCGGCAGGCUGGCUCGGGGCAGCGCUGAGUGGGCGGACUGGGAGCUGGGGAUGGAGGCUGAGAGGGGCUGCCCGUGGACGGGGCAGCUUGGGUCCGGGAAACGGGCAGCCCGAAGUAGCGUCCGUAAGAAAAAAAAAAUAGAUAAAAUGGAGCACAUGUUACUGCUACUCGUAUUUUUCAUACCUGUAUUGGGUCUCACUAGUGGGACAGAAACUGAACAAGAUUUUACUUGGCACUUAAAGAAGAUUCCCCAGAUCGUGAGUGAAAGAACUUUCUCCCUUGACAGCCCUAAAUUUGAAGCAAAAACCAAAUUAGAGCUGAACAGUGUGUGUGGAAUUGAAUGUCAAAGAAAAUUGCCGGUGCCAAGCUUCUCUGACUUGAAGGAGCUCUUAUCCUAUGAGACUGUCUUUGAAAACGGCACACGGAUCCUGACAGAAGUGAAUGUCCUCGGACUAGUGCUUGAUCCAGCUGGAAAUGCAACCACACCAAGGUCUUCAAGAAAGAAGAGGCAGAUAUAUGGAACGGACAGUAGGUUCAGCAUCUAUGACAAGCGGUUUAUGACCAACUUCCCAUUCAACACGGCUGUGAAGAUCUCCACUGGCUGUAGCGGUGUUCUCAUUUCCCCCAAGCAUGUGCUGACAGCUGCCCACUGUCUGCACAAUGGCAAGGAUUAUGUUAAGGGCAGCAAAAGACUGAGGGUGGGCCUGAUGAAGACAAAAUCCAGAGGUGAUGGCAGGAGGCGCAAAGGUGCUAAAAGAAGUAGGAGAGAAGUUUCUGCAGCCCAAGAGGAUCCCGAAGUUGUCACAGAACUAAGGCGACAAUCCAAAGGUGGCAGGAGAAAGCAGAGGAGGUCUGGGAAGAAGCAGGGGACCUCUGAUGGCAUGCCCUCCUUCCAGUGGACCAGGGUGAAGAGUACUCACAUACCAAAAGGCUGGUUUAAGGGUGUCUCUGGGGAUGUUGCCCUGGAUUACGAUUAUGCUGUUCUUGAGCUCAAGCGUCCCCACAAACGGAAAUACAUGGAGCUGGGUAUCAGCCCAACAAUUAAAAUGAUGCCUGGGAGCAUGAUCCACUUCUCAGGUUUUGACAACGAUCGAUCUGGGCAGCUGGUCUACAGAUUUUGUAGCAUUUCUGAUGAGUCCAAUGAUCUCUUUUAUCAGUACUGUGAUGCUGAGCCUGGCUCCACUGGAUCUGGUGUCUAUCUUCGUCUCAAGGAGCCCAACAAAAAGAAGUGGAAACGCAAGAUCAUUGCUGUUUACUCAGGCCAUCAGUGGGUGGAUAUCAAUGGUGAACAGCAGGAUUACAAUGUAGCAGUAAGAAUUACUCCUCUCAAAUAUGCCCAGAUUUGCUUCUGGAUACAUGGGAAUGAUGAGAACUGCACACGAGGCUGAAGAGAGCGGAACCUGACUCACUUAGCACCUGUAUUACCAUAGAGGGAAAGUCUGCUGCAGCAAGAACAUCACUCCACGUCAGGAUGUUUUUGAACUCAAAGCUCACAAGUAAUGUUACAGUGGCUUGAGGAAAACUGAAUUGCUGGGGGGUGGAUAGGAUUGCCAAACAAAAUAUUUCUCAUUGUAAUCAACACUAGAUAUGCACUUAAACCCACACACUAUAUUUAUGUUUGCGAUUGUGAUACAUUCAAAUCAUUCACAUUGGAAAAAAAAACAACUACAUCAGUUUGACAUUUUUUUUUUUUACCAAGGGAAGGAGAGAAACAUCUUAGACAGGUAUUAUUAAACAAUAUCUAUUUUUCCAAUGGAUUUGCUUUUCUCAGGGUUCUGUUUCAGUUCUUCGCAUGCAGGUUGUGCAUCCACCACAUUAUUUUUGUGUAGAAUGAUCCAGAGAACUGCAUGAGACCAAGAUGCUAUUUUGACAUUCUCUGAAGUCUACAGCUCCAUGUUGAGAAGCAGCAGCCUAGUUCAUGCUUGUUAGUUUGCAAAACUUCCUAGUCUGGUUGCUGCAGGAACAUGGAAAUCCAAAAUCUCUGUAGCUGAGGCUUAGACCUUGAAAACAAGUUUCACUUCAUUGUUCAGUAAAACCAGCAAAAAGAAAUUAAUGAACAUAGAAAUUUCCACAUUUGGAAAAAGAAGAAACAAAGAAAAUCUUCUUUGAGAAGCUAUAGACAUCUUAAACACACUCGUUUGCAUUCCAAUUAGUGUUUGGAGAGCUGUAGGUUUAGCUUCUAGUCAAAUGCUUAGCUUUACCAUUGGGAGAAGUCAUUGACUUCAAAGUGGCUAUUUGACAAUCAUUUAGAGCUUCACAGAUGAUCGAUUUUUUUGAGUGCUAACCAUUUUUGCAGUGUUUAGAAAUUGCUUUUAUAUGAGUUCAGCUUCACUAAUAGGAUAGUGUGUAUUAGACUGGGAGUUGGAAAGCAAUAUUUUAGUUUGGCUUUAUACAGUUCUGCAAAAUUGGGUAGUUUUGAUCAUGGCAUGUUCAGACUCCACCUCGGUGAGUUAGGAGUUUAAACUAAGAAUUUCUUUCAACUAAAUUAUUAUCACCUUCUGAAUGGUAGGAGAACUAUCCUGUACAUUAUAACAAAUAUCUUGCUAGGUAGCAGCAGUAGUUAGCGAAGAAUUUGGUUCAAUAUGUUUGCUGAACCAUAUAUUUAACAAAAACACAAAGUGAGCUUGACUUUUUCCACACCAUGAAACACCAAAUUACUGUGGAUUGCUACUCAAGUCUAUAUCUUUUAUUUUAUGUCAAGAUUUUGAAACACGUAGGAUUGUUAUGGUGCUACAUUAAUGUAAUAACAUACAAUGGUACUGUGUAUUUCUGAUCAUAUCCUUUGGGUUUUAAUACUUCUUAAAGAGCAUUCACCACCACAAUACUCAUUUUUUUGAAAAUGACCAAAAUACAUUUUCUU